AUGGAUUAUAGUAACUGUGCGGAGAACUUUACGAGCACGAAUGGAAGUUGCCAAGUCUUCUUGGAAAUCAUACGUGGAAUUUCCGCAAGCCAGGUAGAAAACCUCCUUCGAAGUUCCAUCCUUUUAUCCAUAGAAACCGGACUCUAUAGGUCGACGGCACACUACAGCGUUAAUUGGGUGCAGACGCUGAAUGUCAAUGCUGUCCAACAGUCGGGUGUCGACGCUGAAUGGGACCUUUUUUACGACAACCAAUCGGAUCUGGCAUCAUUUCCUCCAGAAGACCUGGGCCUCACCCCCGCAUUGCAGUACCUGCCUAUCAUCAAUUAUCUAUUGAGCGACGUGAUUGUAUUUUGGAGGGCGUGGAUACUAUGGAAUCGUAAUCAGUGUAUUGCGAUUCUGGCUGGCAUAUUGAUUACUGGGACCGCAGUAAGCGCCAUUGUCAGUGCACAAUCCAUCCGGAUGGAAGGGGACUUGGUAACGGACCAUCCUCUGAGCCCAAGCUUCGAUGGAGACAUCUUUUUUCACGAGAUGGUGGUCGGUCAAUGGGUAGUAUGGGCCAUGUCGCUGGGAAGCAACAUUUUGGCCACUGUUUUGAUCGGGUUCAAGGCCUACUUAGCGUCACACAGUCAGCAUAGAGCGUUCCUUGAAGCACACUUGAAGGGCGUAAAUCGUAGGAUGAAGACGGAAGCAGUUCUUGUGCUGCUCGUCGAAUCUGCCGCCCUCUACUGUGGUGUAUGGAUCUUGUACAUCGUCAGUCAAUUGUCGGUCAACGAAGAGCAGAUCGUCAUAGAUUCAGAAACGCUGUCGUUCGCUACGAUUACGUUCAAUGAAGUUAUGCCAUCAGUACUGGCUCAGAUGGCGGCCCUAUAUCCGACGGCAGUCAUCGUGCUUGUUACCCUGCAAAAGACCACCUGGGAUAUGACUAGAGCCGUUCAAGGACCUCAUAAUCCGUCGACGAUGGAUCUCCCGAUGCGUGGCGUUACGGUGCCAUCGCGUUCUCCUGCCUUGUCACAAAACUUCGGAAUGGAAAAUUCCAGCCGCUCCGUGCAACACUCUGUCAUUCAAAUCGGGUUCGAGCGCUCUGUGAUAAUCGACGAGCCUACUGAUGAGACGGGUAUAUUAAACGAGGGGAAGGACAGAAGGUCCUCAACUGGUCUUCAUGACCCCGUGGACAUUGAGGUCGGAGCGGGAAAAGGUUAUGAUGAAGAUAGCGUUGGCGCGGAUAUGGUGUGA